CUCUCUCUCUUUGCGCCAUUUACUCUUGAUCAUGUUUAGUUUAGCGAAUUCAUUCCAUACAGCGUAUUAAAUUCUGUUUUCUGAUUUGGUAACUAAGUUUUAGUAGAGGAAUUUGCUUGCUGCGGCCUGCAGCAUGACAUUAUUGUCAAAGUUCAAAUCCGAUUUAUUUUAUUAUUGUUAUUAUUAUUUUUUCAUUAGUUGGGGGCCGAAGCCCAUAAAUCCGACCACCCGGAAAAUGUGCAAUAUAAACCAUCGGUUCGAAACACAGCUUUAAAUUGUCAAAAGUUUUCCGCUUAUUGCAUCACAUCAACUUUAAAGGAGCUCCUGUUUCAAUGUCUUUUUGCUUAUACUUGUUUCGUCGUCCAGUACCCGGAAAUUCACUUGCUUUUGUUCAAGAAGUAACGUACUAUUCUUAUUGCUCGAAACUUCUCAACUUAUUUGCUCAACUUAGUGGUCUGUUAGCUGUUGUUUCCCCACGUAUACAUGAAAGUUGAUCGGUGGAUGGCGGCAACUUUGAUUGAUUUCUAUAUUAAUGUUGUCGCUUUGGCGCUUUGGGUUGCUCACAAGGAAUCAAACUGGAUUAGCUCAAUAUUGUGGAUAAUUUUGCUCAUAGGGCUUGGAAGCAUUACUUCAUGUGCCUAUAUUGUUGUGCAAUUCUCAAAGUUGUCAUCUCAAGAAUCUUCACAAAAUCCCAUGUAUUAUGUUCUGUUGAAGCAUCCAAACAAGAAUGGUGGAGAAGCAGCGCCAAAAGGGAAGCAGCAUUCUUUUGUUGUGACUCUGAGAAUUCUUUUUACAGUUUUGGGUUCUUUAAUGUUAGGGACUUUGGUGUACACUCUCAUCACUGAUGGUUCCCCUUUCCAGAUGGAACUUCUAACUCCGUGGAUGACAGCAACACUAAUUGACUUCUAUAUCAAUGUUGUGGCUUUAGGUGUGUGGGUUGCCUACAAAGAGUGUAGUUGGAGUUCUGCACUCUUUUGGAUAGUUCUAUUGAUAUCUUUUGGCAGCAUCACGACAUGCAUCUACAUCGUGUGGAAUCUAUUCCAGAUUACUUGCCAAGAUCCUGUUUACCUCAUUUUAGUGCAUUGUCGUGGUGACAGGGCAGAAAACAAGUAUAAUAGGCUUUCUGGGGCGGCAAAAUAGCAUUGGAUUUUUCACGAGCAAGAAGGGUUUAAGGCCUAGGUAUGCGGAAUGAUGUUGCAGUUGAGACAGUGAAUUAUUGCCAGCAGAAGUUUUACAUAUAGAAUUUGCUUCUCCUAAUUUACAAGAGGAGAGACAAUCCCCAAGAGUAUACUGUCACACCAGAUGAUAGAAAAUUGGCAGAGUCUAUUAAAAAAAAAAGAUUGAUUUGUAUUUAUUGGAUCAUAUAUGUACCAUUUAGAGAUUUGAAAACUUAUUUGAGCACUAAUCAUGAUUUUCUGGAUUA